CCACUCUCCUUCCACCUCCGACUGGGGCUCCGGAGAGGCGCCGCUCCCCGGAGCCGCCCUGCUGCCGCCGCUUCCUCUCUCCGCUCGCCGUGAGCCCGUCAGUCCCCGCUCGGUGCGCUGCUCCGUCUGGGCCAUGGAUGGUGUUGUUACAGAUCUUAUAGCAGUCGGUUUAAAGCGGGGAUCUGAUGAGCUUCUUUCUUCUGGCAUCAUUAACGGACCUUUUACCAUGAACAGUUCUACUUCUGCAGGUGUGUAUGCUAAUGGGAAUGACAACAAGAAAUUUAAAGGAGAUAGACCUCCCUGUUCACCUUCUCGUGUUCUCCAUCUUCGCAAAAUUCCAAAUGAUGUCACCGAAGCAGAGGUCAUAUCAUUAGGUCUACCAUUUGGCAAAGUAACUAAUCUUUUGAUGUUGAAAGGAAAAAGCCAGGCUUUCUUAGAAAUGGCUUCUGAGGAAGCUGCUGUUACUAUGGUGAAUUAUUACACUCCUGUUACUCCUCAUCUUCGAAGCCAGCCUGUUUUUAUUCAGUAUUCCAAUCACAGAGAACUUAAGACUGACAAUCUACCUAAUCAAGCUAGAGUCCAAGCUGCAUUGCAGGCUGUCAGUGCUGUCCAGUCUGGAAGUCUGGCCCUUCCUGGAGCUUCUACCAAUGAAGGCACAAUCUUACCUGGGCAGAGCCCUGUGCUGCGAAUAAUUAUCGAAAACCUCUUUUACCCUGUUACUCUGGAAGUUCUUCAUCAGAUAUUUUCUAAAUUUGGCACAGUCUUGAAGAUUAUCACCUUUACAAAGAAUAAUCAGUUUCAAGCCUUGCUUCAGUAUGCUGACCCAUUGAAUGCACAGUAUGCCAAAAUGGCUCUGGAUGGCCAGAAUAUCUAUAAUGCAUGCUGCACUCUGCGCAUUGACUUCUCCAAGCUCACCAGCCUUAAUGUGAAAUAUAAUAAUGACAAAAGCAGAGACUUCACUCGCUUAGACCUUCCUACUGGUGAUGGCCAGCCAUCCCUUGAACCCCCUAUGGCUGCUGCUUUUGGUGCGCCAGGUAUAAUUUCCUCACCAUAUACUGGGGCUGCUGGAUUUGCCCCAGCCAUUGGAUUUCCUCAAGCUACAGGUCUGUCAGUCCCAGCUGUUCCUGGAGGUAUUGGUCCUCUCACACUCACCUCUUCUGCAGUCACUGGAAGGAUGGCCAUUCCUGGGACUGGUGGUAUACCUGGAAAUUCUGUCCUACUUGUCACCAAUCUCAAUCCUGACCUUAUCACACCACAUGGACUUUUUAUCCUAUUUGGAGUAUAUGGUGAUGUGCAUCGAGUGAAGAUUAUGUUUAAUAAGAAAGAAAAUGCCUUGGUUCAGAUGGCAGAUGCAAAUCAAGCUCAACUAGCAAUGAAUCAUCUUAGUGGUCAGAGACUUUAUGGAAAAGUGCUUCGGGCUACACUGUCCAAACAUCAGGCAGUUCAGCUUCCUCGAGAGGGACAAGAAGACCAAGGUCUGACUAAGGAUUUUAGCAAUAGUCCUUUGCAUCGCUUUAAAAAACCUGGCUCAAAGAACUUCCAGAAUAUUUUUCCACCAUCAGCUACUCUGCAUCUUUCCAACAUCCCCCCUUCUGUUACAGUGGAUCAUCUCAAGAACCUUUUCACAGAAGCUGGAUGUUCAGUAAAGGCUUUUAAAUUCUUUCAAAAAGAUCGCAAAAUGGCACUUAUUCAGUUGGCAUCAGUGGAAGAAGCGAUUCAGGCACUCAUUGAACUUCAUAACCAUGACCUGGGAGAAAAUCAUCACCUCAGAGUUUCCUUCUCAAAAUCUACCAUCUGACUUUGCUGUGAAAUUUUUCUUCUAAGACUGGGCCAUGAUUUAAGAAAGCCUUCAGACGUAAACUGAAGCAACUCAAGACCAAUUCUGCCUCUUACAAAAACAGCUCUUUCUGAGUUUUUGAUAUUCAAGUAUAUCUAAAAAAAAAAAAAAAAUCAAAGGAUGUUCUCCACCCCCAUCAAUACGUGAUUGAAGGUUUUCCCUUUGUACCAUAAUUUCUAUGAAAAUAAUCUUAGGCAAAAUUUUUUUCAGUAAUUCAUUUCCCUAUCUUAAAUGUAUUUCAGGAGGGCAUACUAUUUUUAGUUUGGGUCCAAAUCAUUCUUAUAUGACAUUUCUAAAUGCCUUUGUACUUAGAAGAAUUUAAACAUAGAUUUUUAAAAUUACUUAGAACCAAGUUUUUAACUUUUAUGAUUCAGAAGUUUGACCCUAUGACAAAUUAUGUUCACUUAUAACUUACAUCAGUUAUUUGAUUUGGCAUGUAUUGAUAGCUACUAUACAUAAGCAAAUUGAGUUUUAUCAGAAGCAGAUUUAUGUACUUGCAUGUCUUCUUUUUAUCAUUAUAAGACACUCCUUUGAAUGACACUUAUUUUUAACUUUUGAAAACUAUUUAGAGAAAUAAUGCAGUAUUUCAGAUGUCCCCAGGGAAAUUAGUGGGCUCCAACUAGGAUUUACUUAGGUGUCAGAGUAAUAAUUAUAUUUAAAAAAUCAUGUUCAAAAUGACACUUGCUGAAUAAUGCAUUGAUCUUGGAAAUUUUAAAAUGAAAAUUAAUCGUGUUCAUAAACUUUUUUAUAAUUGUUUUUCAGAAAAAAGUUUACAGUCUCAAGGGAAAUAUUCAGGUCUAUCAUAUGGUUUGACAGAUUUUUUAAAAGUUAUUUUGGUAAGGUCUUCUUUUAGAAAAAAUUAAUCUCAAGGGUUUUUUGUACCACUAUAAUCUCUUAAUACUUACUCAGAAUUACUGUGUAUUACUUAAUUUCUUAUUAUGUGCCUUAUUAUGUGCUUAUGAUACAAUAGGUUAGAUUUUUAUCUACGUAUCUAGAAAGCUAUAUUGUGGAUUUGGUAAGCUUUUAUUUUUUGCUUUCCCUGGCUUGAUAAGGAUAAAAUACUUUCAUUACAAUUUUAAGUGAAUUUCAAUGAGUAAUACUUUCUAUUCAAAUUUUUGGUGCUUCAGUACAGUGAUGGGGUGGGGAAGGGGAAGUGGUUUGGGGAAUACUCAGCGCACACCUGUAGGCCUCUUCACACUAUGACCGUAGUGGUCAUUGCCAUUUAUAGCAUACCUAUUUGGGGCUAUAAAAUGCAAUCUCAGUUUCUGGAUCUUGUCUAAUCCUUAUGGCUCAUUAGAAUUUGUCUCAGGAUUACUUGAUUUUUCCUUAGUCCUCAAGUGGGAACAUUUUUCUUUGUUAUUGUCUCUUCAUUAAUGAGUACCCAUAUAUGUGGAGUGAGAGACAUUGUGUUUUUCCUCAAAGUCUCUCCCAAUCUCUUUUUGGUUGAAUGUAAAGCAUACACAUUUUAAUGUUGCUUCAAUGAUUGUGUAAUGUAAAAGUGGUUUUGUUUGUUUGUUUUUAAGGAGAAACUUGGUUUGUGUUAAUUCUGUCAAUGUUGGAUCAGAUUUUUUUUUUAAAGCAGAAUUUGUCAGAAUCAUUUUAUUCACUCAUACUUUUCAGAAUCAUAGAGUGGCUCAUCUCACCAUUUAGGGGAUUAUCUCAAUCUCUUUGCUAUAGUCCAGCCAUUAAUCUGAAAAUAGGAAGAUAGUUUACAAAGAAAUUUGAGAAAAAAACUACUGAAUAGCAGUUAGUUGGUAGAAUAGGCAGGCAGAUACUAAAUUGAGGUCUGAAUGGAUCAGUUUUUAAUGUUGGCUGAAUUAACAAAGUGUCAUUUAUCUAGUUUUUUUUUUUUAACUUAUGAAAUACAUUUUCACCAAAAUGUAGAAUAAUGAAUAUGGGAAGGAGGGAGAGCAAUCUUUGCAAAAUUUGUUUAUUUUUCCCUUCUGUAUAAGUACUAUUAUAAUUUUCAAUGACAUGUUAAAUUGGAUUGUUCAAUUUACUUUGAGUUAGAAAUUCUGUGUGAUCACUCAAUAUAAGUGUAGCAGAAGGGAGAUCAUAAUGGUGUUGAACAUACCUUGGAAGUUAGGAAAUAAUAGCCUUUAAAUCUAAGAACAUUUUGAAUCCUUUUCAGGGAUUUACUUGAGUGCGUGUGUGUGUGUGUGUGUGUGUGUGUAUAGAUAAGUGUGUGUGUGUGUAUAUAUACAUACACUCUUCUAAUGUUGUACAUACAUAUGCACAUUUAAUUUAUUGACAAAGAAAAGUAAUCAAAUUAAGACUUGGAAAAGUUAGCUAUCCUUGUUUAAAAUUGUAUGUUUGAAGCCAUCCGUUUGUGUCUAAAAUUAGUCGUAGCACAUGGAUGUUAUCCAUGUUGGCUGCUUGCUGUUGAACUAUAGAGGUCUGCAAUGUUUGUGUUGUCAUAGCUCCUGUAAAAACAGUUUUUGACUCUCAGAUUAGUAGAAAAACUAGACCUUUGUGGCUUUGUUUGGCGUGCAUUUAUUCAUUAUCUUAAAAUUUUUGUUUCAUUUUUGCUCAACUGUUGUUUUUAAGUUUAUUCAUUUUCUCUUAAGGAGUUUUGUCAUCACUUUUGGAGGUAUCUUGACUUUUAUACAGUGUAUAUAGUCAGGACAUUAAAAAUAACAGUACACAUUUGACAGUAGCAAUUUCUGACAAAAAGUUUUACUUUGGGAUUUAAAUAACUUGCAUGGCAAUAAAACGCAUUUUUUGGUGAGAUAACAAAUAAAAAAAUGAACCAGUUAUCUUGAUAGCUUACUGGAGAGUAUCAGAAUUACUUCCUAAGAAUGCCGUAAAUUCUUUGAUAUUAAAUAUGUAACAUUUAUAGUAAUGAUUCUGAUUUUUGUUGCUGUAAGUUGCAAAUCUCACAAUUCUUAGAGACAGCUUCCACCUGUCUGAUUCCUUAUAGGAGCAGUACUUUUGGCUCCACCUAGGUCUGUGAUCAUCGAUUCUGCUUCGCCUGCUUAGCUUUACCCUCACAAAUGUCUGCUCUAAUCUCAUAAGAACGUUUCAUGUAAUCUUAUAAAAGCUUCCAUGUCUUAUGCAGCAAGAUUUAUACCUUGAGCAUAUUAUCAUGCAGUUUUUCUUCUAAAUAUAUGCUAAAUAUUUUUGAACAAUAGAUGACAAACUCAGAAUAGAUAUUGCCUUCCCAUGAUUCACUUUUAAGCUUUAAGUUUGCCAAAUGAUAAGCCUAUCUGUUAAAAAGCCUAGUGUGUACUGCUAUUUUUAAAAUCCAGAAAAAAGCAUGUCUAUGUGUAAAAGCAUUUUUCUUAGCCUUCCCUUUGUCCUCAUCUAUUAUUAGCAAAAAUCAAACUGCCAGACUUUAACAUUCUACUGUUGUGCUAAAAAGAAAUGUAGUUUAAAUUGCACAAAACUUCUUUAAAGAAUUAUCAACUCAGCUGUCUUUUAAAAGAACUCGGUUGUUACAUGCAAAACUAUUUGCAGUCUUUUCGCAGAGCAAAUUCUAACGUGUUAUGAAUGGUUUAAGAAGUAGAAAAUUGCUAGCAUACUAGUGGGGUCAGGGGGGAGGGUUUAUAACAAGGGAAACAAAACAGGACCAAAGUUUAUGUGCCUUCUUUAGUAGUCUUAAUUUUUUUCCUAUUUGAGACUAAGGUAGUGUCAGUAUUCUGGUUUUCAGGAAGUAUGUACUAUAGUUUUAAAAGAAUGUUAUCCCAUACACCAUGCAAGCAAAGAACUGUAACUGUAUAAGCAGAAUCAGUUACACUUUUGCCUUUUUCCCAUAAUAUUCAUUGUAUAGCAUGUACAUACAAGUCUAAGAACAGAGCUGCUCUAAAUCUUUGUUGUAGUCAUCUUAGUUUUUGUAACCUGAGGCAUAUGUUCCAGAGCACAGGGAUAUUUGUCUGGUCCAGUGACCUUGGUGAUCGUAGUCAGAUUGAAAAAUGCUGUGGCACAUUUUUAUCAGCACUGUAAACAGGUUGUUUUGUAUGUGUGUUGUUUUCAGUUCUUUCACCUAAGUAGUAGUAGUGAUAACAAAUAUUUAAGUAGUUAUUUUUGAUGCCAUGAAACAAUUACACGCUGUCCUUUUUUUUAUGUUAGCAUUAUUUACCAGAUCUUUUAAAAAUUCAUCCCACAAUCCAGAAAGUACUAAUGUUAAAGAUUGCUGACUAAGGAAAGUUUUCAUCACUAUGUCACCUCAUUGCUCUGACCAAAGACUUACUGUUCUGGUUUUAACUCCUCUCUGGUAAGCAUUUUUCCCAAACUCCUUUCUGAAAGAAGACCCAGUGCAAAGAGGCCUUUACUUACUAUGUCCUGUUGAUGAGUAGACUACUUAGAAAAAAUUGGGGAUUUAAUGUGAACAGAAUGGAUUAAAAUAACAAGGGUUUGAUGGGCAUUUCCAGUACUGUAUUUAAGGGGGAAAAAAUAGCACAGCUAGGAGCCUCUACAUUGUCUCAUGUUUAAUAUGGCCUGUUCAUAAAGUUACCCUUUUCAUUUUAUGAGAAUGGUCAUCUAGCAAAAGAAAAUGCUGUAAAUAUUUGUAACAACAUUUUUUAAACCAGGCCAAAAGAAAAAAAAAAAAGGUUUUUGGGAACAAGUUAACAUAUAAAGUGGUUUUAUAUAACAUCAAUUGUCUUAUAUAUUUUGAUAAGCAGCAGUACCAGCUUUCAUUUGUAACAGUUUGUGGCAUUGGAAGAAAAGGAUUCUGUAAUUGUUGAUGUGAUUUAUGUUAUAAAUGCAAAGAGAAGAUAAAUAUUAAAAAACAUAUUUUCUAAAUGCGCAGUGCAUGGUUAAUUCAAGCUUCUGUACACUACAGUAUAUUCCAUUUCGUUCAGUUUGUAUAAACUAUUACUUGGUAUCUCUGAUCUCAUUUUUCUAACAAGUAUAACAUUGUAGCAUGCCUUUUAAUAAAUGUCAUAACAUCUGUACCCUC